GCCACUCCUUCUUUUAAACUGUCUCAUAAACUCGCUCCUCACCUCGCCUCCUCUCUGUCACCAUCAUGGUUUUCACUGGGAAAUAUGAGGUGGAGCAUCAAGACAACUAUGAAGAGUUUCUGGAAGCAAUUGGGCUUCUUGGCUCCAAGACCGACCACAAAGUGGUAAUAGACGUGGUUCAGGAUGGGAACAACUUCACCUGGACUCAAACUAUUCCCAAUAUACCCAACUGGAGCUGGUCCAACAAGUUCACUGUUGGUCAGGAAUGUGAGCUGGUGACGAUGAAAGGCGACAAAUUUAAGGCUUCUGUCACUAUGGAAGGUGGCAAGAUUUCAGUACCGUUUCCUCAGUACCUCUUCACAGCAGAGAUGACUGAUGAUAAGCUAGUGAUGCAUUGCAUAACUCCGGGGGAGAAGGGUGUGACUUUCAAAAGAGUUUGCAAGAGACUGGGUUGAAUGGUGCAAGACCUAACAUGCUUCAGCAGAAAAGAGGCCGGAGGAAAUCAAAAUGCUUCUUCCAGUGACUCAAGCAAGAAGAAUAAAGCAACCAAAUGGCAAGUGGAACAUCUACUGGCUUCAUAUGUAACCUGACAGAAAUGGUCAAACUAUACGUACUGUAUUUCUACAAGGAUGAAACAAUUUACCUGUAGCAGUAUCAAUGUCGUUCCAUUAUAAAUCAAUGAAAUACAGCAUGUUCGCUAUAAGCAAUGAUGAAAUUUUCUUUUGUCUCACACCACUGAUGUUGACUUUAUGGUCUCUGAAUUAAAAACAUUCAUCUUUUCUGUGUAACUUGCAAACAUAUUCACUGUAAAAGGCAAAAUGGCCAUUUCACAAGAAGAUAAACCAGAUAUGUUUAAGGAUAGAUAUAUUAUCUAUUAUCUAUUGUAGUCAUUAAAUGGGUAAAGUUUGACUCUAUGCUUAAGAAACAAACUGAUAUUUAGAUAUCAAAUGUGACACUGACACACCCUAGCUUAUAUUUGCUGAACAAAUAAGAAGAUCCUUGUGUCAUAAGCACCAUCCUGCAGGUAUUUUUGUCUUUUAUCAUCUCAGGAAAUAAAGUGUUUUACAUAUGUGCCAAAUAGCCCAUACCAGUUGCAGAUAUUUUCCAUUUUUAUUCCCUUAUUUGGUGUGGAUUUCAAUAUCAUUUCAAAUCUACUAUUUUCAAUUAACAAGGUAAGUUUGCCUGACCAGUAAUGGUGCUCAGGUAGUACUUGUGUAUGUG